AUGGGGCACAAAAACGAAACGUCGAGAGUAACCAGGAUAUGGAAUGCUCUGAGUUAUAAAAUUGGGUCUACAGUAGCCAGAUAUCCAGUCUUGACAAUUGUUUUAUGUCUUACAUUAUCAGCCAUUAUGAGUAUAAAAUUGUCAUUGACAGAAAAAGUGAGUGCAAUCGAUGGAUAUGCAUCAGAUGAUUCAAUGUCGCGACACGAAUUUAAGACAUUUCAACAGUUUCUGGAUUCAGAUGGACCAGGAAUUACAAUGGCUAUUCUCGUAAGAUCAAAAAAGACAAAUGGAUCACUUCUUGAAGAAAAAAGAUUGAAAGAAGUUGUGAAAGUGUCAGAUUUUAUAUCAACCAGCUUCAAAAUGAAUGUUUCUGGAACUGAGAAGAACUUCAAUCAAUUCUGUAGAGGAUUCUGUCAAGCUAAUGAACCAGUUAGACAGUAUUAUAAUGGUCUCCAAAUUCUUGGCAAGAAUCAUACAGAUGGAAUCUCAAAAAGAAUUGAUCUUUCCUAUCCAACAUCAAACUUUUUUGGAAGAAAAUUCAGUUUGAUUCCGAAUUUCUUUGGAAUAUCAAUGUCAUCUGAUGGCCAGCACUUGAAUUCGUCGAAUUUGAUAGUUCUUUAUUUCCGAGCGGAACGUUAUCCAGACUGGACAACGAAAAGCGUCAAACAGUGGGAAUUACGAGUCAGAGACCAUUUCGCAAAGGAGUAUUCAAGUGAUUUGAUUAUAGUUGAUGUGAUGUCACAGACUGUCGUGGAAAGUGAAAUCGUGCGUGCUGGUCUUUCUCUACAACCAUUUCUCAUCGUUGGAUUCGUAAUAAUGUCAAUUUUCUGUACAAUCACAACAAUGUUCAGUGCAGUUUAUCUCUAUUCUCAAAAAGCAACAUUCAACAAAGUUGCCCUGUCAAUAAUUGCUUGUGUUACUCCAUUCAUGGCAUGUGGAACAGCAAUGGGAACUCUUUUCUUCUGCGGAGUCACUUUCAGUCCAAUUAUGUGUAUCACUCCAUUUUUGGUUUUGGCAAUUUCUGUGGAUGACAGUUUCCUUAUGCUUCACGCAUGGAAUCGUCUCGAGUCAUGGAGAAGUUCUCCACUGGACAAACCGAUGAGAGAACAUAUGAUGGGAGAGGUACUCGUAGAAACGGGACCAGCUAUAACGAUAUCCGCUCUCACGAACAUGCUAGCAUUCACUAUCGGAGCAAUCACUUCUCCACCGGAAAUUCGAGUUUUUUGUUAUGGAAACGCGGCUGCUAUCUUCAUGGAUAUGUUCUAUCAAGCAACAUUCUACACUGCUUGUAUGACACUUUUAGCUGAUACAAAGAACGUCGAUGGAGUCAGUGAAAAAACGAAAAGAAUUCAAGAAAAAAUGUCGCAAGUAGUUGGAAGAUUUUUGAAAUGGUACGUAUCUGCAAUCUCAAAUAUCUUCGUUUCAACUGGAAUCGUCUUGAUUUGGGUUAUUUUCAUUGGAUUCGCAGUUCUUGGAUUGACUCGUUUACAUGUUGAAUUGAGACCAAGCAAGUUCUUUUUGAAAGAUUCUCCAAUGCUUUAUAUGGAUAAUCUGAGAACGAACGAAGUAGUUCCAUACUAUACACCUGUUCAUAUCAUUGUAAAUCAUCCUGGAGAUUUGACGAAUGAUUCGAAUGUCGAGAGAUUAUUUGAGCUGAAACAAAAACUGGAACAUAUGCCGAAUGCAAUUGGAGCACCAAGUACCAAGUUCUUCUUAGAUGAUUUCGUUCAAUACCGUACUUCUUUUGCCGAAGAAAUCGAAAUGGAUGUGGAAGAAGAUGACUCAACUUCAGAGAAAAGUGAUCUUGAACAGUUCUUGGAGUGGCCUGAAUUCUCGUUUUGGAGAGGUUUCUUGAGAUUUGAUAAUCAAUCUCAUCCUCAAAAUGUGACGAAAUUCAUGUUCACGACAGGGUUUCAUGGACAAGAUUUGAAGGAUUGGAAUAAGAGAGGACUGCUUCUGAAGAGUUGGAGAGGAGCUGUCGAAGAGUUCCAAGAAGAUUUCAAUGCAACAGUAUUCAGUGAAGACGCUUUCUUCUUGGAUAUGAUUGAUUCGAUUCCUACUGUAACCUGGCAGACUACUCUGGCUACAUUCAUUUUUGUUUCCCUGGUUUGCUUCCUAUUCAUCUCUGACAUUUUGACGGUCAUCAUUGUAUCAAUCGCCACUUUGGUGACUUCUGUUGGAGUAUUCGGUUAUUUAUCUCUUCUUGGUGUGACUUUGGACCCUGUUAUCAUGUCGAUUGCAAUCAUGUGCAUUGGAUUUUCAGUCGAUAUUCCAGCUCAUGUCGCAUUUCAUUUCUAUGCAGCUAAAGCGAAAAAGCCCUCAUCAUCUCAACCAUCAACUCAUCAAGUGUCUGAUAUAACUUCUCACUCAACAUCCACUACUUCUUCCGCGAGUUCUUCGAUUUCAACCCCAAAUUCUUUCGAAACAAAUCUCACAUUUGCUCUAGCCAGUGUCGGAUUCCCAGUCAUCCAAGCCGGAGUUUCUACUGAUUUUUGUGCUCUUCCACUUGGUUUUAUGGAACUUUACAUGGCUAAAAUGUUUGCUUUAUCUCUGACUCUCUGCGUCUCUCUAUCUCUAAUCCAUGGUCUAAUCAUAAUUCCAGCUCUUUUAUCAGUACAACACCAUAUCCUUCAUGCUGUAAAACGUUGUUUCAGUAAGGGAAAUUAG